AUAACUUUCCAAAAAUGGAAUCCAUUGGAUCUAGUUCCACCCCUUCCAACAACCACCACCACCACCACCAUCGCCGCCAUUUGAUGCCAACACAACCACUCGCUGACAGAAUUAUCCGUGCAGUCAGCCACCAUCUCCGCCUCCUCCACCACUACGACACCACUUUCUUUAUCUUAGGUGCAACCGGAAAUGUAUACACUGUUAACCUCUCCACCACCCCAUCAUGCAGUUGCCCUGAUCGAACCGCCCCAUGUAAACACAUACUAUUCGUGUUCAUCCGUGUAUUGGGUGUCUCAGUUGAUGACAUGUGUCUUCUCCGGCGAACUCUCAGGCCAUGCGAGCUCCAACGCCUUCUUAGCUUACCUAUCUCAAUUGAAUCACUAGCAAACCCUAAUGUUCGAGAAAGGUUCCACCAGUUAUUUUUUCAAGAACGGUCAAAAAGUUCACCAUUGAAAAUAGAGAUAGAGAAGGGUGUAACAUGUCCAAUAUGUUUGGAAGAAAUGAACAAGGAAGAAAGAGUAGCAGCUUGUGGUACUUGUAGGAAUCCAUUACAUGAAGAAUGUUUGAUGGCAUGGAAGAGAAGUAACAGAAGAAGAUCAAUUAAGUGUGUGAUAUGCAGAGCAAGAUGGAGGGAUGUGAGGGCUAAUUCUGAGCAACAAGACAAGUAUUUAAAUUUAUCUGCUUAUGAUGAUAACAUGCAAGUAGAAGAUAGGCAAAGCCAUUGUGGGAGUUAG